CAAGGAAGAGUAGUAAUUAGCCUGAUGGCCCUCAUCUCUCUCGGUCAUGGUUUAGGCCCUGCCCUGUCUGACGAAGAACUUUCUUUCACCACAUUCGUUGAUAUUUGUUGCGCUCCAUCGAUCCCAACUCCCAACACUUUCAUAAUUUGCAGCAAUUUUCAUUUUUCAAAUUUCUACAGGGUGCCCCCGACCUCCCCUCUUACUUUCUCCUGCUUCCCAAGCAACAAGCUCUUAUUAUUCUUUUGAUUUGUACAUAAACAAACGAUUAAUAGGGGAGGGGAAGGAAUGGGAGAAGGGAGGGAAGGAGACUGGGAGUGCAGUGGAUGCAAGAACAGGAACUAUGCCUUUAGAUCCUUCUGUAACCGAUGUAAGCAGCCUCGUCUUCUCGUUGACACCAAAACUCCUGCUGAUUCCAAAUGGCUUCCUCGUAUUGGUGAUUGGAUCUGCACUGCUUGCACUAACAACAAUUAUGCAUCAAGAGAGAAGUGCAAAAAGUGCGGGCAACCAAAGGAGAUUGCAGCAAUGCCAGCAAUUGCAAUGCCUGGAGCUUCUCUCCCAACCUAUUCACAUUAUUUUGCUAGGGCCCUAGGAGCACUGGAACAAAAGAUGAAUGUUGGCUUUGUAGGCAGUGGUGCUCCCCAACAGUUCCUUCCUUUGAGUUCCAAUUGGUCUUUGGGAGGGGCUGAUAAUUGUGGACUUCAAUCAGCACCAACAUGGCCUGUUGCUGGAAACCAGUCUCCUGGGGCAUAUGCAAAUCCUGGUAAUCAGCCCCUUUCUGUUCCAAAGGGAUGGCGAAAUGGUGACUGGAUUUGCAACUGUGGCUUCCAUAAUUACUCUUCACGGUCACAGUGCAAAAAUUGCAAUGCAUCCAUACCACCAGCACUUGGAACUAAGCGAUUAGCAUCUGAAGAAUUUGUACAUGAUUGGGAUCAUAAAAGAUUAAAUUUAGGAAAUGGCAAGGACGAACAACUGUAUCCUCAAUUUGACCAAAUGGUAGGAGCCACCAGUGACCCAAAACCUGGAGCAUAUCCUUCCUAUCCCAGUAUAAAUCCUGCUAUGGCUUCAAAUUGGCCAGCAUCCAAUCCGUUUCCUCCUCAAGCUGCAACAACUCUUCUUGGAAAAGGGGCAAAACAAUGGCGUAGUGGAGAUUGGAUGUGUGCAAAAUGCAACAAUCACAAUUAUGCAUCUCGAGCUCAAUGCAACAGAAGACGUUGUCUUCACUGCAUCUCUGCAAGGGCAGGGGUGAGUCCGUACCAUGGGAGUAUAACAACAAAUAGGUGUAAGACUCAAAGAGAGACAGUGACUUAGCUGGUAAAUGCUGCAGUGUUGCCAUUUAAUGCCAGUUUUGAUUCAUAAGGAUUUUUCUUGCACAGUGCGUAGGUUCUCUCCCUCUCUCUCUCUCUUGUACAACAAAAAACCAAAAGCUGUAGAUUUGGUUUGAUUAGUUAUGACAGCGAUUAUGAGUUUUGAAUUGACAAUGGUGGAGAGCUUUAUAUAACUUCUCUAUAAUACUAAAUUGUAUAAUUUGGCUAGUAUUUCUUGUAUAAAAUGUUGAAAACCUUGUGGUGUAUACGCAUCUGAUGUGUUGGACUGAGAUCUAACUGCCGUGGCAGCUUUCUAUUUAUUUCUUUGUUUAUCUGAUAGCAA